CGAAUUACAAAAUUAAAACAAAAUCCAUUUCAAAUUUUGAAUUUCUGUAUCGAUGAACCAGAGAAAGCUUCUUCUUCACCAAAGAGUCGAGGUUCGACAAUUUGAGGAAGGGUUAAGGGGCUCAUGGCAUCCUGGUGUGGUUGUUGGGGUUUCAGACUUAUGCCGUAUGGUUGAAUAUGAUGAACUCCUAUGUGAAACUGGUGACUUGAAGCUCAUUGAGUCAAUUCCAGUCACUGAGGCAAUUGAUGGCCUCCAUCGCCGCCGCCAUGUUUCCUCCACCUAUCGUGGACGUAUUCGACCUCCACCUCCCUUGCCACAAGUUGAUUCUAGUGAGAAAUUUGGUUUUGGAGUUUGUGUUGAUGCUUGGUUUGAGGAUGCAUGGUGGGAAGGUGUUAUUUUUGAUUGUGAUCAUGAUGCAAAUGAACGUUGUGUGUUUUUUCCUGAUGAGGUUGAAGAAUGCAAAUUCAGUGUGAGUCAGUUGCGUGUAGCUCGUGAAUGGGAUGAGUUCUUGGGGGUUUGGAAGGACCGGGGUGUGUGGAUACUAGUGCAGUUGGCUAGGGAUCUUGAAGGAGAUGUUCCAUUGUCUAAGUUUGUAAAGAAGAUUUGGUCUGCCUUGCGGUUAAAUUAUGGAUUUAUGAAGAUGAUUUCAGAGUGGCCGUGCGGUGUUCGCUCUGUGUGGAAUAGAUACUUCAUGGAUGUUGUUUAUGAAAUUGCAGUUAAAUUGAGUCGGCGAGAUCUAGGUUAUCGCAAAAUCUUGUCAUACUUGGUGGGAAAGAAGGGAAAUAAAUCAAAGGAUUCCCAACAUGCUAGUUCAAAUUCUUUUCUAUGUGAUUCUCUAAUUCAAGCAAGAAAUCGCAAAGCUAUGUCAUAUAAAGUCAGAAAGAAAGGAAAUAAAUCGAAAGGAAAUAAAUCAAAGGAUUCUCAGCAUGCUGUGUUAAAUUCUCAUCUAUGUGAUUCUCUGGUUAAGGUAAGAAAUCACAAUGAAUUCAAGGUUACCAGAGCAAGUCAAAAAGGAGGAGAAGAUUCUCAUGGUAAAUGCAAUAAAAAGCAGCAGUCACCAAGUUCCAAAUCGGAAGAUAAGAAACAGUCCAUAACAAAUACAACUGAUCAGAAUGGUUUUGAGGCUAAUAAUCUGUGUAGGGAAAAGGAUAUGACAACUGGUCCUUCAUUCAUAGAGAAUACUACUGUUGGCAAAGGUGUCUAUGAUAGAAGUUCCAAUUCUGGUUCAUGUUUACACCACGUAGUAAAUUGUGUUUCUUUUCCUACACAAAAGAAGCCUGAUCAGGUAGAAUCCAAUGUAGAGAAGCUAAAUUCUGCUGUAGCAUGUGAAGGUGACCAUAAUAAGCUGCUCGCAGAUAGUUCAAGAGAGGAGAAAACUGCUCAGUGUUUGCAUCACGUUCAAAAAUAUCAAUCAGUAAAAAGACGAAGAACUUUGAGAAAGAGAACUUUUAACAAUAAACUUGUUAUGGUUUUUACUGAUUGUUUGGAGAAGCAGAAGGACAAGAAGGCAUCUUUUUUUGUUGUUCAUAAGAGAAGGAACUGCUCAAUAAUGAAAAAGAGGGAGUUGAAGAAGUCUCAACAAGUCAAUUCAAAACUAAAGUUAACGCAUAAGGUUCAAGAGCAAGGGCUGAAUGCUGUUCGGACAAGGAAUUCUUUAUUUUCUAAUUCCUGUCACCCAACUAUGCCAUUUGAGAAAUAUGGUAAAAAUUUUAGGCUUAAAGAUAUGGUGUCUAAUUCUAGAAAGCGUAAGAUGAAGCGAGGAUAUUGUAGUGGUCAACUAAGGGACACAAUCUGUAGUGUUUGCCACCAUUGGGGAGACCUUAUCCUUUGUGAUCACUGCCCUUCUUCGUAUCAUUUGAGUUGCCUUGACCUCAAGUCAUAG